AUGUUCAGCUUGACUCUCGAUGCGCAGUGGAAAUCCUUCAACGGCAGCAGGAACAUGAUCAUCGCCAUACUGCGGUUUCCCAUCGUUUCCAGGAAUUAA